GUGUCGGGACAGUCCGGUGAGCUCGGCGGCAGACAGCAGAGGAUGAGGAGGGGAUGAGCUGAAGACACGCUGGGCGGACAACUGCUUAUCUAGGACGGACGGCACCAUGCUCAGUCUCUUGCGCCCCCUACUGGCCACCUGCGUGUACCUGCUGCUGCUGCCCGGCGGUCAGUGUAGGAUCCCCGCAUACAGCAACGGAUUUCACUACCAGGACAUCAGCAAUGGGAACGGAAACGGAGAGAUUUACUUCAAUGGGGUUCGUCUGCAUGUGGAAUCCCCGCAGCUUGCAGUGUCAGCCACCAGGGGGAGCAGCGUCACUCUCCCCUGUCACUACCACUACGAGCCUGAACUGGCCACACCACGCAGGACCCGGGUCAAAUGGUCCUGGUUGCCAGCCAACGUCAUCGGUGAAGCCGUUUCCCCUGCAGCGUCCGCCAGGGAAACUGAGGUCAUGGUUGCCAUGGGCAACCGGCACCGCAGCUAUGGUAACUUCAGGGGCCGUGUGCGCCUGCGACGCUCUGCACCAGGCGACAUGUCUUUGGUGAUCAAUGAGCUGCAGCUGAACGACACUGGAAGAUACCGCUGUGAGGUGAUUGAUGGCCUGGAGGACGAGAGUGUGACAGUGGAGCUGGAGCUGCAGGGUGUGGUGUUCCCCUACCAUUCUCAUGAAGGACGCUACCGAUUCAACUUCUUCGGGGCCCAGCAAGCCUGCCAGGAUCAGGACGCAACCCUCGCUACAUUUGAGCAGCUCUUCACAGCAUGGGAGGAGGGGCUGGAUUGGUGUAACGCUGGCUGGUUGGCUGAUGGCACAGUGCAGUAUCCAAUCACAGACCCACGUGCAGGCUGUGGGGGUGUGGACUUCGCCCCUGGCUUACGCAGCUACGGGCAACGGCAUCGACUCCUCCACCACUUUGAUGCUUUCUGCUUCACCGCGUCUGUCAAGGGGAAUGUGUACUUCUUAAAGCACCCGACCAGGCUCAACUUCACUGAAGCGGUCCGGGCUUGCGUCAGCGAUGGAAGUCAAAUUGCAAAAGUGGGCCAGCUGUACGCCGCCUGGAGGCUGAUGGGAUUGGACCGCUGUGAUGCCGGCUGGUUAGCUGAUGGGAGUGUCCGUUACCCUAUCACAAGGCCCCGGGCUAACUGCGGCCCACCGGAACCAGGGGUGCGUAGUUUUGGGUUUCGCCCCCCGUACCUGAAAUUUGGCGUCUACUGUUAUCGGUAGAAGCCGUGGCUCAAUAACAAACCAUUCUAACAGUGCACUGGCUCAAAGCUCUGUGUGAGAGGUUAGCAUUAGCUGUAGCCUGGAAUCAAAUUAGCAGUUAUUCAGUUUGUUCAUUUCUGAGCUAUUUUGAAGCCUCUUGGGUUAAUCGCUUUAUAAGACUGUAACAGACGUCUCAGUAUUGAACUUUAUUACCAGUCAGCAACUGUUAAACUAUGAAUAUCCAUCAUGUGAUGCUACUUUUACUCAGACAAAAUGUCUGCACUAUAUGGCCAUAAGUAUGUGUAUAACUGUUGUUGGCAUUAAUACGCAGCUACAGCAGUCUGUAAGAUUCGAGAAACGGUCACUUACGUUAGUGAGAACAGCUAUAGAUGUUGAGUGAUGAGGUCUGGCUGCAGGUGAAAUUUCAGCUAAUCCCAAAGGAGUCAGACUGGGUUGAGGUCAGGGCUCAGUGUGGGCCUGUCAAGUGAUUCCCAAUCAGACUCUUAAGAAACAUUUUUUUAUGGACGUCCAUUUGUUCAUGUGGGCAUUGUCAUGUUGAAACAGAAAAGCAGAUUUGUAUACCAUUGGUAACGCAGUAGAGACCUAGCCCUGACCAUGAUAAACAGCCCCAGAUCAAAUGCACAUGAAAGUACGUUGGCAGACCUGUCCACAUAUUAUUGGCCAUAUAGUGUACAAAAAGAAAAAAAAGCUGCUGCAAGCUUUCCAUAACAGAACAAAUCGAGCUACAAAUGGGUGACAAAGUAAAUGAAAAACCUCGAUUAAACGAGUGGAGAAACAUCAAAAACAGUGGCUCUUUUCUGCUGUGCGGGACAUUUUGCUGGCAUGUUCGGGUCCACUUUUCCACCGGCACUUUUGACCAUGUCGAAUCAACCAGAGGCGCAUCAAUUUGCAUUUCCAAUACCAGUUUUACUGUGCUGAGUUGAGCCGUGCCAUGUCUGGGAUGGACUCUCUCUGGAGUGGGGCCAAAGCAUGCCCAUGCUUCUGCUUGGAGGCGAGGUGCGUUUGCUAUGGCUUCUAACCGUUGAUGCAUGCAACCUGUGAGAAAGUUGUUUCUGAAAGUUACUGUGUGUUCAGCUCACAGUAGCUUCUACCUGAAUCUCUGUGGUUUGAAGUUUAGUUUCUCUCCAGUUUCCAUGUUUGUACUUUUAGAUAUCUGCUGUAGUUUACUGUUUCGUGUUGAGUUCCUGCUGGGGAAAACCCAACACUUCCUGAUUUUGUUGCUUUAUAAUAAAAGAUUUGAAGUAACUGCACAACGGAGGACUUUUAUGGUGACAAAUUUAUAGGAAAAUAAAUGUGUUUGUCACUGAAUUAAUGGCUUUUCUACAUUAGUACUGCGGGAAACAGAGUAUGUACUGACCACUAUUCAAGAUGAACACAUCAUUAGUUUGAGACACACCUUCAGGCAGGUAGACCUCUUGUAAUGGAAAUGCAAAUUCCUGCUGCACUGGGCUGACUUGCCGAGUCAAACCGAGUCAGGCUGAGCUAGCACAUAUGUAUGGAAAAGCCCCGUCAAAGCUCCAUCAAUACAAAGUCAUUCUGAGUGAUCAACUUUAUCCUGUGUGAAACAUUUCUGUCCUGUUGCUUUUGAAUAUUCAGUUUUUCAAAGUGCCUUGCGAAAGGGCACCUUAAUGGUUGAGCAUUUUCCUGUCAUCUCUUUCCAUUCACUUCCACCACCGACUCUUUCUAACGCUGUGAAAUUUACUGGAACAUCUGUUUGUCUCCCGAAAUAUCUGUGUAUCCAUUUUAUGAAAUAGAAAGCUCUUGUUCCUGUUUCUGGGUGACUAAGGGUAGUGCUCUGUGAUGGAGAAAGCAGAAGUUAUGAGUAAUUGUAUUGUUUGUAAUAUUUAAACUACUUUGUUUACAUCCAUUGUGGAAGAAGAAAAAGUGUUUCCUUACAUACAUGUACCUUUUGUUGUUUUUCAUCAUAAAUGUCUAUGCAUUUGUACUAUUUUCUACAAAUAAA